AUGGCGGAGAAGGAACAUCGGAAGAAGUUUUGGCUCUUUAGCCGAUUCUCUCGCAACAAGACCUCCGUUGUAGCUGCAGCCACUUCAACAGGGGCAAUGGGAGUCUCGGGAGCUGUAUCCCAUUCCCGAAACUCGGCGGCGAUGUCGAGGAAUAUGGAACAAGCAUCCAUAAGACUCCAAGAAUAUCUCGAAACGCAAGAGGAGAAUGGCAAGAUAACGAUGCGGUACUGCAAGCCUGUGCUAACCUCUGCAACAGAUGACAGGCCACCAGACGUCAUUUCCAUGAGCCGUUGGCUUGCAAAAUCCGAAAAAUUCUUGAACUCAUCCUAUGGCGAUGGUUCCUUGUUAAGCGAGGCAGCGAUCCCCGCCGCGCAUCGCGAACUCAUUGAACUUACCGCAGUGAGCUCGAAACUUGUUUACGGCAACUCGGCUUCGUCGUUGAUGUUGAAAAAGCCUGAACGGUUCCAGGCCGUUGGACCAGGCGAAAACCUUGCGGCUAAUAUAUUUUUCGGCACAGUGAAGGCCAUGCAUGUCCGAUUACUCGGCGCAAAUCUCGAUAACAGCGGCAGAUUAACUCCAGUCGUUGUGGUUGCUAUCCGCGGCACUGCUUCAGUUCGAGACUGGUUUGUGAACUUCAACCAUAGCAGCAACAACUACACGCAAGCUGGUGAUUUUCUGGGUGAAACUCCAGAAAAGGGUCCCUACAAGGUCCAUGCUGGCUAUCUGGAGUCUGCCAUACACGAGUCACAUGACCUGCAGAUGCCUAAUUUUAGGCUACAGAAAAUUAUCUCGUCAGAAGUAGCAAAGCGUCAACAGUAUGGUUUCACAUACCACCCCUCCGCUUCGCUCUUUGCCACGUCCCUGCGAACUUACCUAGCCGAGCAUUCCGACACGCAAUAUAGCUACAUCGCGGUCGGCGCGCUUGUAUUCGACAGGGCUAAAUCUACGAAGUCUAAGCUCCUCCUCCUCCAGCGGGCAGCAGAUGACAGCAUGCCCAACCGAUGGGAGAUCCCAGGUGGAUGUUGCGAAGAAACCGACGAGACUAUCCUGCAUGGGGUAGCGCGCGAGCUUUGGGAAGAGGCAGGACUGAAUGCGACGUUCAUCGGGCCGUCUCUCGGAAGUCCGUAUCUGUUCAGCAGCAGAUCUGGAAACAAGAUUUGCAAAUUCACUUUCGUGGUCGAGACAGAGCAUGCUGCUGAGCGACGGCCAGAAGUGAGAACAGAUCCGCUGGAGCAUCAGCGAUUUCUUUGGGCUAGUGAGGAUGAGGUUAGGUCUAAAAGAGCUGGGUCUGUUGAGUUGGUGUUUACUACCCAGCGCCAGGAGGAUACGAUUCUGGCAGCUUUCGCGCAGCUAGCCAGAAAUGGAGUUGACUUAUGA